AUGUCGGGCCCGAUCGCCGACGACCUCGUCCAUUUUGUCGUGGCGCUCAAAAAGCCUGUGUUGCGGGAGCUCCAGCGGGCAGCCUCCGAGACGCUUUACGGGAAGAGCAUCGCGUUCAUCCUCCCGCUGAAGCUAUCCCCAGCGAUCAUGACUAUCGCCAUACCGCUGAAGGCCCUACUACAGGGAUCCUCAAGAGCCAUCAUCACGGGCCCCGAGAGGCUCAGUCGCUCGUUCUGGACGGCGUUCGUAAGCCAGCUCGGACAGCGGUAUCAGAUAGACCUCGUCGUCGUCGACAAGGCUCACCUCGCCCUCGGCGCUGGCGCAUCUUGA